AUUAUCGUCCUUCCCAUUCCCAAAAAGCAAAGAACACAAAACUAUCGGCUUUUUUUCUAAGAAGAUAUAUUUCUUAGGAAGAGGCGAAGGGCAUCUGCCAAAAAAAUAUCCUAAGAAGAGCUAAAUAGUAAAUACUAUUCUCUCUCUCUCUCUCUCUCUCUCAUGGAAGAAGUCUGGAAAGGCAUCGCCCUCUCCAAUCUCCCACCCAACCUCCCUUCUCCUCCGCAUUCUCUGCGGCACAGCGCCGCCGCCGCCGCCGCCUUCCAUGAUUUCCUCUCUGGAACUUUCAAAGAUUCCCACCCUCCUCACUCGCCGGACUCUCUCCCUUCUUAUACUCUUUCUCUCCGCUCUGGCAAUCAACCCGAGCCCUUUCUCCCACGUAAGCGCUGCGCCAUCGAUCAUCAGCCGGCUUCCACCAUCACUGACGGCGGUGAAGAACGCCGUUGGAAGAAGAUGAUAAAAAACAGAGAGUCUGCGGCACGAUCCAGAGCUAGAAAGCAGGCUUAUACCAACGAGCUGGAGAUGGAAGUUGCUCAUCUUGUACAGGAGAACGCCGCACUCAAAAGAGAGCAGGAGAAGCUAAAGAUGGUGAUAGCGGCUCAGGCGACGAGCAAAGGGAAGCUGCAGCGAGCUUCAAGUUCGCCAUUUUGAGAAACUUGUUGAGAGUACUAUAUAUUUGCCCUCUUCUUCUUCUUCUUCUUCUCUAUUUUUCUUUUUUGGUUGUAAAAAAAAAGUAUAUAUAUGGUGAGCUAUAUCAGCUUAAAGUUAAUAUCUCAUAUAAUGUAAAUUUUAUCCAUAUAUAAUAAUAGUAUUGCUUGCAAUCGACACUAA